AGGCAGUGAAAAUAUAGUUUUAAAAAUGUUAGGUUAUGUUAUUUUUUGAUAAAACAAAAUAACCUAAAAAUUGUAAUAAUUAGGAUUGGUUUCAACGUUUUCAUUAAAAAAUAAACAUUUUACAUACAAAUUAUGUUCUGAAGAUGUUCUUUACGGUACAAAAAUAUUUCUAUUCAAUUUGUAUUGCACUUGGCUUUUUUUUAACCAAUUCAACAUACAACACAGUGUGUCUUGACUUCGCUGUCAGUUACCAGCGUAGAACUGGUUGGAAAUUGUCCUAACUCUGGGUCAUUGGCUUCAAAAUCUUCAUUCACUGGUGGCCUUUUACUAAAAAAUUGAUGAAGUUAACCUAAAUUCAAACCAAAGGUUUUGAAAAAACUUCAUUCAAAAUGAGUGAAAAAAUAGAAGACUUGGAUGUCUAUGGCAUACUUGGAGUAGAACAAACAGCAACUGUCGAUGAGGUGAAAAAAGCCUAUCGUAAGAAAGCUCUGACAUGCCAUCCUGACAAGAAUCCAGACAAUCCAAAGGCAGCCGAAGAGUUUCAACAGCUGACCAGAGUUUUGGAAAUCCUUAUCGAUGAAUCAGCAAGGGCAGCGUAUGAUAAAGUUAUCAAUUCAAAAAAGGCAGCCAAACUUCGACAUCAGGCAUUAGAUUCUAAAAGAAAGAAAUUCAAAGAAGAUUUGGAAGCUAGGGAACGAGCAGCCGAAUCCAAAUUCAGAAGUUCGUAUUCGGAGAAAUCUGACGAAGAAAAAUUGCAGAUAAUGUAUAAUAUCUUCACAACAAAAAUAAUUUUGUUGUUUUUCUUGAUGGAAAUUUGUUUGAUUUUUCUAUGUAAGUGCAUUUUAAUGAAAGUGCUGUUCAAUAAGAGUAGUAUUUCUGUAUUUGAUGAUAUUUUCUUUUUUCAGUACGGUGAUGUUGAAAUAGUAAUAGUGUCAAAAAAGAAGAAAGGGAGUGCACUUGUGGAAUACACACAACCUGGUCCGGCAUCAAAUGCAGAAAAGUACGAGAAAGGGUUUGCUGAGAAUCCUCUACGUAUUGAAAUGAUUGAUAAAGUACCUGAAAGACCUGCUUCGUUUUCUAGUCAGGAACCGAUUGAUAAGAGCUCACUGAAUCCGAAGAGCACAAUCAUCAACACAGACUUUGAAACACUAGUAAUGAGACAAAUGAGGCAGGCUGAAGAAAGGAAACGGUUAAUAGAACAGCUACAAAAAGAAGAGGAGGAAAAUUGAAAAGGAAUGAAUGUUAGAUGUAAGUAAUUUAUUUGAAUAAAUGAUAAGAGUUUAUAAAUAUGCAUUUUCAUUUGUGUUUUGAAAUCAAUAUUUGGGUUCACUCAUGAAUUUAGCCUAUCAUUUACACUAAGAGCCUACCUACUAUCAGUCCUCUAUCUAUGGAACAUCGUCAAAAAAAA